AUCUCCAUCUCCAUCUCCAUCUCCCCGCAUACUCCCGGCAUGCACAUCGUUCUCGCCAUCGCCGGCAGCGGCUACCUGGCAUACAGCGGCCUCAAGAAGAAAUCGCUGUCGCCCUCCGGCGCUGCUGCGGCCUGUGCCCUGGGACUUGCUGUCUUCACGCAUCCCUACCACCUGUUCGCUGUUGUUCUCGUUGUCUUCUACCUCUCGGGGUCUCGCCUGACCAAGUACAAGGCGGAGCGCAAGCGCCAGCUGGAAGAAAGCUAUCUCGAUGGCGGCCAGCGAACAGCCUACCAGGUGUUCUGUAACGGCUUCCUGGCUGGCGUGGUCUGCGUUCUCCAUCGGCUCUUGGUCCUCCAGACCGCCCAGCAGCAAUCGUCACCCGACCGGGAUCUGGCCCAGGAGCCCCUGUGUUUUGCCUUUGGCUCCGAGACCGACUCGGCCACAAGGCUGAAUGCGGUCCUGAUUAUUUCCUAUGUUGCGCUCAUCGCAGCGUGCUGCGGCGACACCUUCUCGUCCGAGCUCGGCAUCCUGAGCAAGUCGCCGCCCUAUCUGAUCACGACGUUCAAGCAAGUGCCCCCUGGCACCAACGGCGGUGUUAGCCCACUUGGCCUGCUCGGCAGCUUGCUCGGCGGACUCAUGGUUGGCGUCUUUGGUGGCCUUCUGGUUCCGCUCGGUCCCGGCUGCCCAAGAGUGCUGCCCACCCUCCAGCUGGUGGUCACAGGGGCUGCUGCUGGUGUCGUCGGCUCGCUGAUCGAUUCGCUCAUGGGAGCAACUUUGCAGAAGAGCGUCUACAACAAGUCGACCAAGAAGAUCGCUGGCGACCAUCGCGUCGUUCAAAAGGGCGAAAGCGCGAGCGAUUUCGAGCAUGUUUCUGGGCUCGAGAUCCUCGACAACCACAUGGUCAACCUGCUCUCGUCGCUUGCGACAGGCCUCGUCUUUGCCGCUCUGGCGUCCCUUUGACUUUCCGCCUCUCGUCCUGCGUGAUUGGUGUCUCUAUUCAAAACGCAACGGGAGCUGUGCCCGCUCUUUCUGCUCGUGUCUCGGGCAGCUGCGUCGCCCAUCUCUGUCGAUCCCAGAAUCCAUUUGCUGUUCCCACAACGAUCUGCCAUGAAGGUCAAGAUUCAUCAAGAGGCGGCAAAUAAACGUCAGUGCAUAGCUCCCA